AUGGUUACAGCAAUAGAAUGGCAAUGGCAGCAAGGAGAUUACUCUGUAUAUACAAGGCCACUUGAAAAAUCAGCCAAUGAUCAGCGUGAAUAUCGACUACUAAAGCUUGCAAAUGAACUACAAGUGUUACUUGUUAGUGACCCUGAUGCAGAUCGUGCAAGUGCUUCUUUAGAUGUUCAUGUCGGAAGUCUGAGUGAUCCGGAACAUCUUCAAGGCUUAGCUCAUUUCUGCGAACACUUGCUAUUUAUGGGAACAAAAAAAUAUCCUAAAGAAAACGAUUACUAUAGCUAUCUUUCUGAGCACUCAGGACAUGCGAAUGCUUUUACGGGAACUGUCAAUACCAACUAUUUCUUUGAAGUGGGUCACCAAUGGCUCGAAGGUGCCCUGGAUCGUUUUUCACGCUUUUUCAUUGAUCCCCUAUUCUCUGAAAGUUGCACAGAACGCGAAUUGAAAGCAGUUGAUUCUGAACAUAAAAAGAACUUGCAGUCAGAUUGCUGGCGUAUAUCUCAGAUAGAGAAACAUCUGAGUGACCCUAAGCAUCCAUGGCACCUUUUUGAAACUGGUAAUUUAGAAACACUACUGGAGCGCCCGAAAAAGAUGGGUUUGGACGUUAGAGAAGAACUAUUGAAGUUUCAUGAUGCGUAUUAUUCUGCAAAUAUCAUGAAACUAGUUAUCUUAGGUCGAGAGCCACUGGAUCAAUUAACUAAAUGGGUAGUUGAAAAGUUCUCAAGCGUGAAAAACAAGCAUAUUCCUGUGCCUUCUUUCCAUGGACAUCCACUAACAAAAAAUGAAUUGAUGAAGCAAAUAUUCAUAAAGUCAGUGAAAAAGAGCCGUACUUUGGAAAUCACAUUUCCAUUUCCAGAUCAAACAGCAUUUUAUGAAUGUCAGCCUGCAAACUAUUUAGCUCACUUGAUAGGUCACGAAGGACCAGGGUCAAUACUGUCCUUUUUGAAGAAGAAAACAUGGGCGACAACGCUAAACUCAGGUCUAUCUUAUGGCGGUGUCGGCCACUACGAAGACGUUGUCGUCUCUCUGUUUGAAUACAUUGAGUUGAUAAAGAAGGAAGGCAUUCAACAGUGGAUAUUCGAAGAAACCAAGUCUUUAGCCGAAAUAGAAUUCAGAUUCCUCGAGCAAUGCACUCCUUCACAGUACACUUCUUUCUUGAGUCAACAGAUGCAAGAAAACUAUCCGCCUCAGUGGGUCAUUAGCGGUAAUGCCUUGCUUCGAAAAUACGAUCCUGAUUUAAUAAAAGUGCAUCUGGAACUAUUGAGACCGGAUAACUUCCGCUUGACCUUGGUCAGUCAGGAGUUCCCGGAUGGCAUCGAGUGCACCCGUAUAGAGAGAUGGUACUCUGCAGAGUACGAAGUACAGCCUUUGAGUGAAGCGCUUGGCCAGCGUUUGGUCAAUAUUUCUCUAAACCCACACUUCUCUUUACCGGCCGUCAAUGAGUUUAUACCUACGGAACUUGAAGUUGUAAAACAGGAGGAGAAAACAAAGGAACCUACGCUCAUACAAGAUGAGCCGAUUAGUAGAAUCUGGUAUAAAAAGGAUGACACAUUUUGGGUGCCCAAGACAAACGUUUGGAUAUGCCUCAAGAAUCCUUUAACAUUUAUCACUCCAAGACAUGCUGUGAUACUGUACAUAGGCUUACUUUCUGAUUCACUGACAGAGUAUUCAUACAAUGCAGAAUUAGCAGGGCUCAACUAUUAUAUUGCACAAGAAGCAGAAGGAAUCGCACUCUUUGUAGGCGGUUACAGUCAUAAGCUCUCACUUUUACUUGAAAAAGUAGUAUCGAAAAUGAAGGAUCUCUGUAUCGAGCAGCGUCGAUUCAAGAUGAUCAAGGACGAAAUAACACGAGAAUAUGAAAACGUUCUCUUGGAGGCACCUUAUCAACACGCAAGCUAUUACUUAUCUUUUGCCUUGAGUAAUCGUAAAUGGACAUACAAUGACCUCAUAACCCAAGUCAGAGAUAUACAACUUGAAGAGUUACAGGCAUUUAUACCUCUUGCAAUCUCGACACUUCAUAUAGAAGCGCUUGUACACGGAUCAAUGGAAAAAGAAACUGUAUUAGGAAUGUUUAGCAAGAUUCAAGAUGUAUUGACGCCUAGACCAUUAUUACCAAGUCAAUGGGCUGGUUCACGAGCAGUUGCUCUGUCUGAUGGCCAGCAUUUCGUGCACACCUUACCUGUCUAUGAUAACAAUGAAGUCAAUUCGGCCAUUGCAUAUUACAGCCAAGUCUGUAGAGUAACAGAGAUUGGACUGCGUAAUCGACUAUUCUUGAUUGCUCAGAUAGCAGAAGAACCUUGCUUCAACCAGCUCCGAACGCGUGAGCAGCUAGGCUACAUUGUCUUUAGCGGGAUCAAGAACGUACAUGGCACUCUUGGAUUCAGAGUGAUCAUCCAAAGCGAAAGAGAGCCUGUCUACUUGGAGAACAGAGUUCUUGAUUUCUUGGAGGAGUUAAAAAAGAUAAUUGAAGAGAUGAGCGAGGCGGACUAUCAGGCACAAGUUGACUCAUUGAUUGCUGAAAAACAAGAAAAGUCCAAAAAUUUGUUUGAGGAAGGAUAUCGGUACUGGUCAAACAUCAUGUCAGGAUAUUAUGAAUUUAACGAGUCUACAACUGAUGUCUUGGAGCUAAAAAAGAUCACCAAGGAUUCUCUGUUGUCCUUUUACAAUAACUAUAUUUAUCCAGCAUCGCCCAUGGCCCGCACGAUGUCUAUCCAUCUUAAAUCACAAAAGACUCCUGUUGAAGAAAAGCCAUCGCUAACUGCUGAAAAUAUAUAUUUGGUAUUGACUGCUCUGAACUACUUGGACAAAAAAAAUGUAUCGGAAGACGCGUUCCGCGACUGGAUAAUAUCCUAUGCAGGGGAUACAGCACAGUUUAAGACGGAAUUAGAAUUUAGCCAGUUUCUGGAAAGCAAAAAGAUUGCAACAGGACAAGUCAAGACGAUUUUAGAAAAGAUCUAUCAGGGACCAAGUGGUCUAUCUCAGCGUGAUCACACACGAUUACCAGACAAAUAUGAAGUCAUUGCUGAUUUGAUUGAUUUUCGUCGUAGAAUGCCAUUAUCACCUGCUGCUGUGCCGGUUUUAAAUAGUGUAUAUUUUUAA